CAUAGUAGUGCGUUUUUCUAGCUGCCUCUCGCUUUUUCUUUUAAAUAAAGCUCUUAAAAGGCUUUUGGACCAAAGUAGGAUUUAUCGUAAAUGAUCCGUUUUUCAUUUCAUUGUUCUUGGAAACAUAUAUCGGCGCACCCCCCCCCCCCCCCCAAAAAAAAACAAAAAACCCUCCUGUCCGGAAGUUGAUUCAGUGAUUGUAGACACACAUGCUUCGCUUGCUCAGUUAUGCCAAAGCUCUUCGAUAUAAAGUUCCCGGGAGGAUGUAAGAGUCUCCCCGAUGGCUUCUGGUCAGCCGUAGACGUGUGGAUAAAGAAACCUCAUGUUGUAAACAAGCGUCUUUGUGGAGUUAAAGAGACAGACAGCAAAGAUGUGGACCAAGACGACCUACGGCUCCUGCUGCAUGAUCCUGAACUCUUCACAGAUGCGCUGCUCUUCAUGAUCACUGGGGCCUCAGCUGCCCACGAAGCCGACAAACCAUGGUCCUCCAGCGUCAGGACAUUUAUUCCCAAAGUAAACUGUUAUGGGACAAACCUGCAUAAAGAAAUUAUCCUGAAAGACUUUGGUAGACAGCGAGUGACCUUUAUUCCAUUUGAAGAGGAUGCAGAGGGAAAAGCGUCUCUGAGGAAAGGCAACAUUUAUCAGAUUCAGCUCUGCAAUCAGGACUGUGAGGAAUGGUCCCUGGAGUUGUGUGCGCUGUCGGUCGAUUCCUGGUUCUCUGAUGGCGUCGCCUACCCCAAGCUGCCCUGGCUGUCCUCUGACCUGCUGCCUAAACUGGUGCGCUGGGCCACCGAGUGCAGGAGUAGCGAGUUCAGGAGCACGUUGUCUCUGCUGCCAGUGGAGAAGUACAGCCUCAUGUACCAACAGCUGAAGGACAAGUACAAGGCCAUGGUGAAGGUUUGGCCUGAGGUUACAGAUCCUGAAAAGUUUGUGUAUGAGGAUGUUGCUAUUGCUACGUAUCUCCUGGUGCUGUGGGCCGAGGAGAGAGCAGAGAAAGGUCUGACUGCCAGGCAGUCCUUUGUGGACCUCGGCUGUGGAAAUGGCCUCUUGGUUCACAUUCUGACCAAUGAAGGGCACCCUGGAAGGGGCAUCGAUGUUCGCAGGAGGAAGAUCUGGGACAUGUACGGCCCCCAGACUCUGCUGGAGGAAAAGGCAAUUACUCCCAGCGAGAGCUUCUUAUUCCCGGGUACAGACUGGCUGAUUGGGAACCAUUCGGACGAGCUCACACCGUGGAUCCCCGUUAUAGCAGCCAGGUCGUCUUAUUCCUGCCGCUACUUUGUCCUCCCCUGCUGUUUCUUCGACUUCUGUGGAAAAUACCAGAGACGCCAGUGUAAGAAGUCUCAGUACAAGGAAUACAUCGACUUCAUCGCUGAGGUCAGCCAAGUCUGUGGCUUCAACACUGACGAAGACUGUUUGAGAAUACCUUCUACUAAACGGGUGUGUCUUUUAGGAAAGUCAAGAAACUAUCAGUUAUCUGAUGAACCUGAGGUAGAGCAACAAAGGGCUCAUUACAUCCACAGCCGCUGCACUGCUCCCGGGGUCACAGUUCAGAGGUCAGACGUCAGUAAUGACGAGGACUGUUGCAAUGGGGACGGAAGCUGUAACGGCACCCCCGGGAGCUCCUGGGGAGCCGGGUUCCAGCCGCGAGAUCGCGUCGAAGCGGUGCGAAAUUGUGCUGCUCUCCCGCGGGACUUUGUUGACGGUGUUGUUCUGCGGGUUGCUAAUGCUCUUCUGGGAAUGACCGCGGGCGAUGGAGAAGGAUCCUGCCGUGACUGGAACCAAGGAGGGGUCACCACAACAAAUCACCAGCCUCCAACCUCUUCUGUCACCCCAACCCUCUGCAUGUCCUCCUUCUCUACAUUCAUGAAUCUUCUCUGUGGCCUCCCUCUAUUCCUCCUGCCUGGGCAGCUCCAUGUCCACUACCCCUCCUCUGCUCAUCAAGACAAAUAUUACCCUAAAAGCAGCCUUUCUGUGAGCGAGGUUGCGGGGUUGUUGGGGCAGGAAACCCUGCGGCUCCUGAAGAAAGAGUGCGGAGGUCUUCAGACGCUUCUGAGGAACAAUCAUCAAGUAUUUAGAGUUGAAGGAGGGCGUGUCUACAUAAGAGACUGGCGGGAGAAGAUGCCCUUCAGGGCGGAUGUUAAAAGGAAGCCCGUCACCCCGGGUGCCCUGAAAACUCGCCUCUGCUGGUUUCACGCUCACCACCCUCAGGGCUGCCCCCUGCAGGCUGAAAGCUGCGCCUUCGCCCACGGAGCACAUGACCUCCGACCCUCGACGAGACCGCUGAAGAAGAUAAAGAAUGAAGCCUUUUGAUCGACUCGUUCUUCACGACUUUUCAUUGACUUUGUUUGGAUUUUUAAUUUGUGCAGAGCUCUGCACAUCGUUGUUUGAACUCUAGUUUCCAGCCCUGUAGCCUCAAAGAUAAGAUUCAGGUCCAAGCAGCGAGUUUUAUUGAGGCAACGUUACAUCAUUUCUGGGAAUUGAAGCCUUGAAAUUUCACAGUCCUCUUUCGUCUUUGUAAGGCUGCCAACAUGCAUUUCUUCCUGGUGGGGCUUCACUGCUGGAGCUCUCUAAACCUCUGGGUUAUGUUGUCUUGUGAAAUUUAAUUUCAAAGCAUCCUGUCUCCUUUUUAUUUAACUGUUGGACUUUUGUCGAGUUCAGGUAUGCUUACUCACUAUAAAGCUGAUUUCAAGCUACGUCUUUGUAUUUCUAUUUAAAGAUUAUCAGCUCUGUGGUGGAUCUUCUCCUCGCCCACAGCAUAAAAACUCUAAAAGCUCCUGUAAACUUUCAGUCUUUAACUGCGUGCUUCACUUAGACAUUUCAUUCAGCUCAGACGUGUGCUUUGGGGUUCACAGACAGGGCGGGGGAGAAAGGCCGGACAGCGUUUGAACAAAGUAAAUGUUAGCGGUAUGAAUUAUUUGUUGGCAGGAGUCGAGGGCUGAGCUGCGUGUUGUCCCGUCUGGAUGGGCGCUCACUGCUGCGUCUUUCUAACACAGCUUCCAUCACCCUGUGGCUCAAAUGUCAAAGACGGUAAGGCCCUCCGAGGGACUGCAGCCGAGCAGUGAGAAGUGCCUCCCUGGGGUUUGUUUUGUGUAUGUGACAGACAACAACCAGACCGCUGAUACAAUAAAAACGUUGUUUAUA